CGCCCUUUCAAAGUCCUUUUCGCCUCCUUAUCUACACCUCGGAUCCCUGUCCCCUUCUCUCAUGGCUGAAGUUAUCCAUUUUUUCCUGAGAGCCGUGAGCAUCCGCUGUUGUGAGGUGGUACAAACGAAUUUGAUUGCUCCGUGAAUCUUCGUGAUGUGAAUGCCAACCUCCAUUUGAUCGUAUGUACACUCGAAUUCGCUGUGUGCGUAUUACUUGCUAGGUUCCACUGAAGAGCACGGCUUCUUCUUUUCGUCUGUAGCUCAAAGUGUGCUCUGCUUCUCAAUUGGCUGUGGUACUUCAUGUCUAAUACGGAAAAGACGCCAUCUCAUUCUGUUGCAUAUUUGCUCAGUGUUGGCAUCUUUGGUCAGCCUUUGAGAUCGUUGCCUGGUUUUGUUUGAGAUUUUUCCGUCUAUUUAAUCCUCUCAUUUCUGUUCAUACUCCGCUUCUUCUGGUGCUGCUUCUUUCAGCCUAACUUUGUGAGGCUUGACCUGAAGGGUCUAGGUUGGAGAUAUCUUUUAUUGCCGAUACUUCCGCCAGGUGACUGGCAUUAUGGAUUGUUGAAGUGAUGCUUCCUUACCUAAAGGAAUUGGUGAAAAUAUUUCUAGACCGAAAAAGAGAGUGAUGGAUGUGGUGGUGAGCCAAACGAUGGGCGUUGUGCUGCCUGCUCUCUCACCACCACCAGUGACGCAAAUCUUGGGAACCUCGCUACUAAGUAGCAAGCGUCUGGUAGCUGGGAGGAUUUCUUCAUCGCGGUUUCUUCAUGUGGCUGGCAAGCACGGGUUGCUGAGAGAGAACUUGCUUGUGACAUGUGCAACGGGCGAUCAAAGCAAGAGCAGUACAAUAAAUGGUUCUGCAAGUGAGGAAAUGCUAGACUACUACGAUGUUUUAGGUGUGUCUGUGAACGCCUCACCUGCGGAUAUUCGCAAAGCAUACAGACUUCUACAAAAAAAACAUCAUCCAGACGUUGCUGGCGUAGAGGGGCAUGCAAUGACACUAUUAUUGAACGAAGCAUACACAACUCUGAUGGACGUCAGUCUUCGAGGGAUUUACAAUGAAGCCCACUCUCACAAAGCGGCUAUGCGGGCAGCUGGGCACACCACGUUCACCGGAUCACCUUUCAGUCAGUGGAUAGGGCCGGAUCGGCCUCAAGGAAUCUUUGUUGAUGAAAAUGUUUGUAUCGGAUGUCGAGAGUGUACCUACGCAGCCUCUAAAACGUUCAGCAUGGAUGAUGCGGAGGGUACAGCUCGUGUGAUCAAGCAGUGGGGGGAUUCCGAACCAGUUAUUAAGGUAGCAAUAGAAACGUGUCCCGUCAACUGCAUCCAUUAUGUAGAGCGAGAAGAUUUAGCGGUGCUUGAAUAUCUUAUUCGCCCGCAACAGAAGGAAGGCAACGGUGUAUACGGUGGUGGAUGGGAUCGUCCAAAGAAUGUCUUCAUGGCUGCGCGCACAUUCAAGCGCCAAAUGGAAGAGAAGAAGUCUCGCAGUGCCCGGUCUACAGCGACGGAAACACCUGCGCAAAAGCAGGCUCGCCAGGAAGCAGAAUUAAAGAUGAAGGCAGGAGCAUUUUGGAGGUUUUGGUCAUGGAGUUCGCGACCUAUGCCAUGGCAGCAGAAUGCACCGUCGAAUCCAGAAAACAAUGCUGAGAAUUAUGAAUGGCCCUGGAAAGGUUUAUUUGGUCGUUCUUCCACAUCGGAACUACUGAGUAUCCUUAUUCUUGAAGCAGAACAAUCUAAGGUUACUUCUUUAGUUCAAGACUGGGCUACUACUUUUGCAUCGUCAAGUGAGAUACCUCUUCCAAUGCCAUUCCGAACAGACUUGCUGCCGAAUGGAGUUCGACUGACCCUCGUCACAGCUGAAAACGGCAUGCUAUCAUCUAUAGGGGCACUGGUGGCUACGGUUGAACAAACGCUCGAUGACACCAAAAAUAUUGAAAAUGUCGCCUUGGAUGAACCAUUUGGUGCCGAAAUUGAAGCAAGGUUCAUGUUCAUAGUUAGAAGGGAAGGGGUCACAGGAACUGGGGCAUUACCUGGCGAGGGGCGUAUUCUGAAGCUAAUAAAAGAAGUGAUAUCUGGUCGAGAUUCUUCUUACUCUGCGUACAGCAUACCUCGGAACUAAGAUGAUGAAGGGACUUACGAUUGAUCGAUCCCAUACCCCGCCAUAAUCUGUCGACUACAUCUGUGUAGGUACCAAUUCUUGAGAUCAUUAGAUGAUGUUCCAAUUGUAACACGAUUGUAUAAUAUAGCGUCUUUUUGGAGGUACGUCAAUUAUGCAAUGGAUGAGAUUCACCCCGUCUUUUGAACCA